AUGCACCAAGCUUGCCCAAGGACCUGUAACCUCUGCAACGAUACGUUUCCUUCACUCACUCAAUUUGCGCCGAGACGAAAAUGUGAGGACGAGGCGUCAGAUUGUGAGGAGAGUCUCGAAUUAUGUGAUAAUCUCAUGUUCAGAAAUUUGAUGAGAAAACAAUGUGCUUAUUCCUGUGGUUUCUGCAGUGGUCGUUAUCAACCAACCACGAAAAAGCCAAAAAUUGCGACGAAGAAACGAGGAAAGUCAAAAUCGAGACGAGUGAAAGAAGAAGAUGAAGAGGAGGAGGAGGAGAAAGAAGAUGAGAUUUCAAUCAUUGAUGUGAUGAAAUUGAUUCGAGGACAUGAAACGACUGAAGGCACAACAACAUCUACAAGCACUUCAACAACAACCACAACCACGGUAACAACGCUUCCAUGUCGAGAUCGAGCGAUCGAUUGCCAGGCAAAAGCGGGCCUCUGUGAUCAUCGAAACUAUCAAAAUUUAAUGAGAAGAGAUGAGAAAGCCAAAAUAACACUCACCGAUCCGAUAUCCACAGAGAUUGACGAGAAGAUUGCCCUAUCGCGGCGUAUCGAAAAGCAUUGGCGAUUGAUCGCCUUACAGGCAAAGGCGAUCAAGACGGGGACCCGAGGCGGAGAGAUGGUUUCCGGCAGUAAAAUGUCGAGCCAACCCAUUCUAAAGGACAGUUUGGGUUGUCGUGGAGUGGACAGUCCGUCGAAAAUCAUGGCUGCCACGCAUAAUGGACGUUUAAUAUUCAAAGCUCACAAAAGAUUGGUUGCAAUAGAGGAUGAUGAGGGGCUCGUUUUGGUCUCAUUUCCCAUAAAUAUCGAAAAGGGCCAAAACUUCUCGAUCGAGUUGUUUCACUGUACAAGGUUUCUCAUGGAUAAAAGCGGUGGAAAGUUGCGAAUUCCCGUUCAGCUGAAUAACAAUACACCAAUGCUUCUUCAUAAUGCGGUGAUUUCUCGGAAUUUUCUCUAUCUCUUUGACACCUUGGAUUCAACAAAAUGUAUAGCAAUGCCCGUGUCUGGAGCUCAAGCUGGGAAAGCGAACAUCCUCAUCACGAAAGGCGAUCAACCCACAGCUCGCUACUUUCUCAACAGUGUUCUACAACCCUUUGAUGCUUUUGUUUUGGUGUACGUCUUCUCGGAUCCAACUUCAGCAAAAAAUCAACCGCUUCUCUAUGAGCUUGAUUUAACUUCUUUCACAUUUCGCCUUUUAAAUCUGCAACUGUCGAGUCAUUUUCCGCGGGGAAAAGUUUGCAUCUCUGCAGGGGGAAAUGAUACAAUCUAUCUACAAGGCGAUUGCCUACAAAAAGGAUGCGCACAGCUGAGACACUUUUAUCGAAUCGAUUUGUUGCCACUGUUGCCUCGUCUGAAAAUGUCCACCUCAAGCGCUAUCCCGUCAACUUCAUCGGAUUUUUCGGCGACUUCCUCAAUCUCGGCACUUUCAUUGAACUCUAUUGCCAGCACAGCAAGCUCAGCCACCCCACAAACGGUGCCACAACGAUACGAGAAACGACGGGGAAGGACGGACAAAAAGACAAUGUUGAUGAAAGACCGCACCAAAUCGCUGGACUCCCUAUCGCUUUUGUCAUCGACAAGUCGAGAAUCGAGGAAUUCGAACGAUUCUGUCACAUCAACGCCCAGAAGAGUUAUCAAGGAACAAAUCAUCACCACUCCGCUCUACAGUGAGUACUUUCGGGUUCCAUCUCUUCACUGGAGCACCUCAAUGCCCGAAGAGGGACAGACGUCGUUACAGGAUCAACUUCGAUGGGCAAAAGAGAUGGGUUUCGGUGAUGAUGUCAUCAUGAAAGCGCUGAGCACGAAUUCCGAGGAUCCUGAUGCAUACGUGGCCUUUGAGAAUACGAAUACGAUGUUGGAUUGUCUGCAGAGGGUACAAAGAGAAAUGAAACAGCCAACUGCGAAACUCUCAAUCUACAAUGAACCCGCGCAAAAUGGAGAAGUCACCUCAACGAAACUGCUAUCCCCUCGAAGUUCAUCAGUUUCUCGAGCAGCCAGUCUCAAUCUGGGUACCUCGGCUGGGGCAAGAAUGACACGUUCCGAUUCGCAUGAUAUCAAUCGUUUGAUCACGACUUUAGAUCGAGAACAGGAAAGGACCCGGAAAGAAGUCGAGAGCCAUAUUGCGAGAUUGAAAGAAAGAAUUCGAACUUUGGAAUCUCAGCUACAAGACGAGAAAAGUGAACGGGAAAAGUAUGAAGAGAAAGAGAUGCAAAUGGUUAAUCAAUUGAAAGAUGCGGAAGACAAUCUGCGCUCCGAGCAAGAGGAGAACAAAAAAUUGCGACGAGAGUUGAGUCAGAACAAAUUGGAAACCGAUAAUUUGACAGUCAAAAAAUUGCAUCUACAAAAAGCGGUGGCCGAUCAACGCGAGCUCUCAGCGCACAGAAAGCAAAAGUUCGAAGAAGAGAUCAAAGAAAAAGAUUUGCAAAUCAGUCAACUCCAAGCCACCCUCGCUACCAGCUCGGUCUCUCAGCAAAGGCUCGCCGAAUUGGAGACAGAGAAUCGACAGCUGAAUGAAAGGCUGAACAAUCACGAAGCCUCAUCGUCAGCUUUAACCCACGAGCUAUCAGAGACGAGCGCUCUUUGCGAUCGCCUUCAAAGACGAUUCGACUCCGCUGAGCAACAAAUCGUUAAAUGUUGUGUCUGUUUAGAGCAGAAGCCGGAAAUCGUCUUUUUCCCUUGCCUUCACGUUUGUGUCUGUGAUGGUUGUUUCACUCGAGAGCCCAUGUCGAAAUGUCCGACUUGUCGAGCUCGUCUUGUUGGCAGCUCGAAGCCAUUUUUUACCAUGCCCCACAUUCUUUUUGAAAGCGAUGAUGACGAACAAAAAAGUGUAAAUGGAGAACAACAUGAGAGGAUGAAAGCAAAGGAAUUGAAGGCAGUGAUCAAUGAGUACAGAGAUCCCGUUGAUGAUUACGAAAAGAAGAACAAAGAACUUGAGAAACAAUUGAAAAGGCAACAACAACAAAUAUUGAAUCUCAAAUCUGAGCUCGUCGAUAAUUAUUUGCUCGCGCAAAGCCAAAAGGAUACAUUGAAGAAAGAGAUCGAAGAGUUGAUGGGGAAGAAUCGAAACAGCGAAUCAUUGGCCAGAGAGAUGGAGUUACAGGUGUUCAAUAUGGGAAAGAAAUUAGAAGAACUAGAAGAAAAGAUGCAAGAACGUGAGAACAACAGACCACGAUGUUGUGUUUGCAUGGAGAAUACACCGGAGAUCUUGUUGAUGUCAUGUUUCCAUUUGUGUUUAUGUCAGGGAUGUUUCGAUAGUGAAUGGUGGGAGAAAUGUCCGACUUGUCGAACGUCGAUUAUCGGCUUCUCGAAAGUGUUCUUUGGA